AUGGCUACUUCUUCUACCACUACAACUCCAAGAUAUGGUCAAAGAGACACUACAUUUUCCACCCCAAUUUUCACUCCUUCUCACUCUUCCGUUGGAUCACUUUCUUUCCAUGAUCAUCAUGAUUCCCCUUUUAGCCCUUUUCAAUUCUCUACCAAGGGAGUGCCAUUUUCUUGGGAACACAUUCCUGGAAUUCCAAAGCAACAAAUUUCAAGGAAAAAUAGCUCUUCUUUAAGGCAACUAUUACCAUUGCCACCACCAGCUGGAAAUCCUCCAAAUUCAGCCAAGAAAACACAAAGGGUUCGCGACGAAUUUUCUCCAAGAAAGAGUACUGCUAGUGAAAGCUUUAGGAAGGAUCCAUUUUUUGCAGCAUUUGUGGAGUGUUCCAAGGAUCAACAAGAAAAUCAUGAGAAUUUUAGUAACAUGUGGAAGAGUACUACUUCUUCAUCAAAGGUAGUGGCAUCACCAACAAGAAGUUUAAGUGACAGAUUUGGAGUGAUAAGCAUGUCUGCAUCUUGUAAAAGAGCCUGUAGUGUUUCAGAAUCCAUUGUUUGUCUUCCAAGAUCAAGAAAUUAUGAUCUCCUUAGUACUCGUCGAACAAGCCGAUAA